UUUCAACUUCCACACCACUCUAAAUACAUGACUUACAAAAAGAGCUUUGUCACUUCAAAUACAUGUUAAGAGAUAACAUUCUUCCUAGAUAACACUCCAAAUACAUUUUUUUCUCUAUAUAUAAAAAAAAAACUAGAUCAAGAAAACAAAUCAAAACAUAAUUGUUAGAACUCAAUAAGCGAAAAAAUAAUAAUAUGAGGAACAUUACUACUAUAACCCGAACAGUGUUACUGCUUGUCAUUACAAUUUUCAUGGUGAUUGCGUAUCAUGGAGAAGCCAUAGCAUGUCCGCAGGUAAAUAUGUACUUGGCACAAUGUUUGCCUUAUCUCAAAGCUGGAGGAACUCCUCCUGCAAUGUGCUGCAACGGACUUAAUAGUCUAAAAGCUGCUGCUCCUGCGAAAUCCGAUAGACAAGUAGCUUGCAAUUGCUUGAAGAGUGUAGCUAAUACAAUCCCUGGUAUUAAUGAUGAUUAUGCCAAACAACUCCCUGCUAAAUGUGGUGUUAAUUUGGGGGUCCCUUUCUCUAAGACCGUGGACUGUAACAGCAUAAACUGAAAAGAAGAUUGACUACCAACGGCCAUGCAGAUACAAUAAAGUGGAUAUACUAAGCACCAAUGCACCAUUGAACAAAUUAAAUGGAUACUCAGUAUUUUAUCUUCCAAUCAUAUAGUUUAUAGAUGUAAAUCAUAUAGUUCUUGGCAAAUAAAAU